GUGUCGCGCCGCGCGGCCGGAGGCUGGCUGGCGGCCGGGCCGUGCCCGGAGCGGAGCCGCCGGGAGCCCCGCCGGGCCCAGAGCGGCCCCAUGGGCGGCGGGCGGUGAUUCCCCGCCCCGCUCCCCGCCAGGCAGCCGCCAUGGAGGAGGAGAGCAUGGAGGAGGAGGGCAGCGGCGGCUGCGAGGCCAUGAUGGACGACCAGAACCACAACAACUGGGGCGCCGGCGGCUACGGGCGGCACCUGCUGGGCCCGGCCGGGGGCCGCCUCCCGCACGGCCCCGCCGCCGCCGCCCCGGAGCUGCCCGAGCACAACGGCGUGUUGCGGGGCUGCGAGGCGGGGGGUGGCCCGGGGAAGGGGGGAGCCGGAGCCAUCGCCGCCGCCAUCAACAUCAACGCCUCGACCUCCAAGUUCCUAAUGAAUGUUAUAACAAUUGAAGACUAUAAGAGCACAUAUUGGCCAAAGUUGGACAGUGCCAUAGAUCAGCUUUUAACUCAGAGUCCUGGUGACUACAUCCCUAUCUCCUAUGAACAAAUAUACAGUUGUGUGUAUAAGUGUGUAUGCCAGCAGCAUUCGGAACAGAUGUAUAGUGACCUAAUAAAAAAGAUAACUAACCACUUAGAGAGAGUCUCAAAGGAGCUGCAGGCCAGCCCUCCAGAUCUCUAUAUUGAAAGGUUUAACAUAGCUCUUGGACAGUAUAUGGGAGCAUUGCAGAGCAUUGUGCCUCUUUUCAUAUAUAUGAAUAAAUUUUACAUAGAAACCAAGCUUAACAGAGACUUAAAAGAUGACCUUAUAAAGCUGUUUACGGAACAUGUUGCAGAAAAGCACAUUUACAACCUAAUGCCUUUACUCUUGGAAGCUCAGUCAACGCCGUUUCAAAUAACUCCUUCAACCAUGGCAAAUAUUGUGAAAGGCCUGUAUACACUACGACCAGAAUGGGUACAGAUGGCACCAGCUUUAUUUUCUAAAUUCAUCCCAAAUAUUCUACCCCCUGCUGUGGAAUCUGAGCUUCAGGAAUAUGCUGCUCAAGACCAGAAACUUCAAAGAGAGCUUAUGCAGAAUGGAUUUACGAGAGGUGACCAGUCACGCAAGAGAGCUGGAGAAGAGUUAACGUACAAUGGCUCAUCAGGCUGUGCAAGCUCCAGGGGGUACAGAUAGUGAAUAUACUGGAUCAGCUUCUCUUCCUAACCAGAACAGACACUGGAGGAGCGCAGGUGGUAUCCAGAGCCUCCUUUGGCAACUGCUGAUACUCAAGCUCUGACACGUACUAUGCCUCAAAGAAGAGUUUUGGACUUCUUUAUAUGAUAAAAUGUCAGUUGCUGCUACAAUUGGGAUGACUUUGAAAGACAUGAUUCUUUGGUCUGGCCUCUCAACAAGUUCAUGUUCUGUGAUUUUUGUGAGGAAUGCACCUUGAAAAACAAUCCUUUCAAAGUAGAAAUGGGCAGCUGGAAUCAGCAGCUUCCAAAAGUGUUAGAAUGGAAGAAUCCUUUUUGCACUCUUUUCUUAAUAUUAAGGACAUUCUUAAAACUAGUUAACACGUCAGUGUAUUAGUUUUUAAACUUCAAGGUAUUUUCUGGAGCUUUUACUUAAUAAGAAUAAAAUUUUGUUAUUUUGCAAUAUUUGUUCAUUAGUUUAAAAAUGGUCACCUUAAAGAGUUGGUCCCAUAUAAAUGUAUCUUCUGUCAGGGAGUUUUAAAUUCCAGAUGUUUCUUUUAGCUCUUUUUUUGUUACUUUGUAUUUUGAAAUCUGUUUUCCUAUGUGUUUGUACUCUGUGCCUUCAGCUUGUGCACUUUGCAACUUUAUAGACCAUAUUUUGUUACUGCAAAAUGUGUUCUUGAGGCAAAACUUGACCUGAACAAACAUGCUGCAAAGUUGCACUUUUCUCUUGCGUUAAUGGGAGGUGAAUCUGAGAAAAAAGUCGAACCUAUCACCAUCACUAAUCGUGACUUGGAAGUUUGUCCCCUUUUAUUUUACAUGCGUUUUAGUGUUCAGUGCUGGGACCAACUCUUGUAGAACCCCUCUCAUUGACUUUUCAGUGGCUUCCAUAAUCGCAAUAGAUUGAGGUGUGAAUUCCAGACUGAAUGAAAUACUAAGAUGUGUUUGAUGCUGUGCUAUGUAGAAAUAUUUGGGGCAAAAUUCUCGGGUUUUGUAGGUCUGCAAAGUGCAUCUCUGGCAGCACGAACCAGACUUGCAGCUGGUUGAUCAGUGAACAGUGGCACCUGUCCAAUGUCACUUUGUGGCUCCUGUGCCGUUUCUCCUGUCCCGGGGACGCGAUGGGGCUGUGAAGUGGACGUUGUUGGCAUCGGGGGGCUGGGGAGCGGCGGAACGCAGGCAUGUGUACCCAUCGGCCCCCGCUUCCAGCCUUGGCAAACCCAGCUGGAGAUCCAGCUGAGCCCAGUUCCAGGAGAUCUGGACCUAUGGUCUGAAUCCUAAUGAUUGUGACAGGGGCUUUAAUCAGUAGUAUGGCUAAUGCAAUUCUUUCCUGAGGGGAGAAACAUACUUGAAAAAGCAGCUUGACUACAGGUGUUUUUGUUGUGUUUUUUUUCUUUUAUUACUAUGGAUUUAUUUUUUAUCACCUUUAGUUACAAAGAGAAAUGAGUCGGUAAUAUAAAAUCUUUCUGAAGUGAAACAAAGUUUGUUCAGUUUUAUCUUGCACAGCUCUUAUGCCUGUUUAAAAAAAAAAAACUACACACAAAACCCCCCAACAAGCCCCUUUAUGCUUGUGUGACUUCAUUACACAAUGCAGGAAAAAGAUAAAAAAUAUAUGCGGCAGGGACAACGUUUCUUUUUCAUUCUGCUUUGUAGCCAGACUUCAUGUAAAUGAAUUUAAUUCUCUCAGUUUCACAUCAGCCUCUUUGGCAAUGCUGUUAGUUUGGAGGGUGGGCGUGGGGAAGAAUGCAGAGGACACUUCUAUGAUUGACAGAUUAAAAUCUGAUUUACCUAUAUAUUUCUUUGCAUAUUCAGAAAGCCUAUUUGUUUUUAAGGAAGUGUUUCUUUUCAAGUUAAAAAUGAAUGCUACAGUGUUCUGCUUUCCAUGCAGAGCAAUGCCAGCAGGCUGAUCUCACCCCCAGCAGUGGAAACCAAACCACUCGCAGUUGGGAUUUUCAAGUGUCGAUAGUGUUUGCUUCAGCUUUGCUACCAGCUGCUUAAGUUGAGGCAGAAUUAAACAAAAACAGGGGUUUUGACAAUUUUGCUGAAGAACGCAGUGGAAAAGUUAAUGAAGGCUGAUAGGGAAUGAAAAAUGAUUUGCCAGCUUCCAGAUUUUUUUAAAUCAGUUUUGGCUUUAGACAAACAGAAAAUCUCUGAUAGUGUCCUUAGCUUUAAAAAUCACUGUUUGCUGAAAUGCCAAUAUUCUUGAGUUAAGAAUAGAUACAUUAACCGAAUUUGGUUAAAAUGUGUUUACAACGUCAUUCCCAUUCUAGUUCACCUAAUACAGUAAUCAAGCUCUGUCAUCCUUGUCCAGUGAUCACAAUGUUUUUCUGUUCUUAAGGUGGUUUUACUGGUUCAAGCUUUUAAAGAACAUGUAUUCCUGUUGCUUCAUGUUUGAGGCAAGGGUUCAACAUUCAUUUUACGUUGCAUUAUGUUUGGGACACAAACUUCUAGAACAAUAAUUCCAUCAGAAGGUAAAGCAUUCCUGUCGGUGUGGUUCACUUUGUGUGCACUGGGUAGUGCUUGGAUGCUUCUCAGUCCUGUGUAGCAUUCUCACUUGGCCACCAUACCUGAGAAAUCUGUUUGUUAAGCACUGUAUUAUGUUGUAAAUUUGGCAUUAAAAUUCCUGUACGUUUUGGCAUUAUUAACAUAAUGCUGAAAUAUUGUUUAUCUGUCAAAGACGUUAUCAUUGUGACUGAGCAUGAAACAAUACAGCGUGCUAUACUAAAUUAUUUUGUUUCUCUGUAAACUUGCAUUUUACUUACAGUAAAACUAACUCAGCCAACUUGAGCAUUGGUACUGUAAAGCCACAAUUACCAACAGCAUGUUCCUACCUGCAAUAUUUAAUUGAACCAGAUAACUUGUGGUAAAUCUGUUGCCUCUGUAGCUUACUCUGUUAAGAUUAAGCAGUAAAGUUGGUUAUACAAUGGGCGUCCUCUCUAUGUUGCACUGGUUCUAUAGCCAAACUUGCUACAUUAAAAUAUUUUCAGAUUAAUUUCA